UCUCUGGUAGGAGACCUGACAAACAGCUGCUUUGAUUUAGAAAGAAAACAAAAGUCGCGUUUUGCUCAUCAGCGUCGGCUACACCCUUAUUGACAAAGGCUCUUUGAUCGUCGCCUACUUGUUGAACCUGUUGAGGCUCCCGUGCAGAAAAGGAGGAGAUGGAUUUGGUGUGGCUGGUGUGUGUGGCAGUCAGCAUCGGGGCUUGGUUCGCCUCUGCAGAGAGACACAGCGUGUACUGGAACAGCACGAAUCCAAAUUUUCUCUGGGACGAGUACACCGUGGAGGUGCGUAUCAAUGACUACUUAGACAUCAUCUGCCCCCACUACGCCCGUGGUGAGCUGCCGUCGCAGGAGGCUGAGCGCUACGUGCUGUAUAUGGUGGAGAGGGAGGACUACGAGGUGUGCAAACCUCACUCCUUCGACCAGCUCCGAUGGGAGUGCUCCCGGCCCUUCGCCCCCCACGCUCCCGAGAGGUUCUCCGAGAAGUUCCAGCGCUUCACCCCCUUCACCCUGGGCAAGGAGUUUCGUCAGGGAGAGAGCUAUUACUACAUCUCCAAGCCAUUGCAUCACCAUGGCCAAGAGUGUCUGAGGCUGAAGGUGGAUGUCAUCGGGCAUAAAGGCUCUGGAAAGGCCAAGGCAGACAAAGCCAAGGCAGAGGAAAUGGAGAAAGGGAUGGAUGUCGGAAAAGGAAAGUUUGCCGCAGCUGGGGGAGUGCACAACCCCUCCAACCGGCUCCCAGCAGAUGAUCCCGCUGUGAUGGAGCCUAAUGUCCAGAGGAGUAUUGGCAGUUCAGGAGUGCAGCUGGUCUCUCGCUCUCUCUUCUUCACCAUGAUCCCAGUCUUAUUAACCCUGCUGCUUCACUGAGGCCGACUGGGACGCUGUGACACUGCUCGUCCCGGGCCGAGCCACACCAGAGACAAUGCUAACCCAAUGCUGGUCAUUGGCACAACGGACACUCAGAAGAUUUUUUUAUAGAGAUUUUUUUUAUAUAAGCAUGGACAGAGCUGCAAGUGUGUGUUUGUGUGUUUGAUGUGUUUGAUGUAUUUGUGUGUGUGAAUGCAGACGUCACUGGAACGUGGAUCGUUUCAAAGAAGAGGACCUCAAAGAUUUUUUGUUUUGCUUGUUUUGUUUUGUUGUUUUUUUUUAUUAUUAUUUUAUGACGAUGGCAGUUUCUUACUUUUGAUCAUGCACUCUUUUUUCAAAAAGAGACAAUAUCAACAAAACUGGAAACAAGCAUAUGAAAAAAAAAAA